UUGUUGGGAAUGCCCUCUCCAUGGGCUCCGAUCCCCGGAUCACGUUUAAGAAACUCAGGCAACAAUAUGGCGACAUAUUCAGUGUGUACAUGUUCAACACACCAGUGAUCGUCCUCAACGGCUACAAUACUCUGAAAGACGCCAUUGUCAGGAACGCCGACGUUUUCUCUGACAGGCCACACUCAAUGGUAAAUGACUUUAUUGCCAAAGGGAAAGGAUUGGCUGCCACGUCUGGUAUAGUCUGGCGCGAACAAAGACGCUUCGCCCUCAACACUCUCAGGGAGUUUGGAGCAGGCAGGAACAUCAUGGAGGACAAAAUACACGAAGAAAUCUCGCAGUUUCUCGAAGCCUUCGAGGCAGAACGGGCACAAGGGUUUGACUGCACGCGCCUGGUGUAUAACGCAAUAACAAAUGUCAUCUGCUCCACUGUUUUCGGCAAACGAUUUGAAUAUACCGACCCGCUUUGUAAUACAUUCAUGAAAGCUAUGGAAGAAAAUUUUGCCAACUUAGGCACGGUUGGAGUGUUGAAUGUGCUGCCUAUUAUGCGAUUUCUGCCAGGGGAUCUAUUCAAAUUUAAGAUCACAAUGCAGAAUAUAGAUACAAUUCUUUCAAGUUUCAUAAAACCUAUGAUAGAGGAACACUUGAAGAACCAUGACGAUGACAACGUGGACGACUUCAUCCACGCCUACAUCAAGGAAAUGAGACUUCGCAAAGAGAAACAAGAGGACACGACCUUUGACUUGGAGAAUCUAACCAUGGCUAUAACGGACCUCUUUAUGGCCGGAACAGAAACUACUGCCACUACAAUUCGAUGGACACUGGUAUACUUUCUCCACCAUCCGGAAAUACAGGAAAAGUGUUUCCGAGAGAUCCAGGAAAUUAUCGGCCAGAGUAGGCGUCCCUCAAUGAAGGACAAGAUCAACCUGCCCUACAUGGAGGCAACCAUUAUGGAAGUCUUGAGACGAGCUGAUAUCGGCCCUACAGCUCUCCCAACACACCGUUCCCCACGAUGUCCAGUUCAGGGGCUUCACGUUUCCAAAAGGUGUCCUCAUCAUACCGAUGCUUGAUUCCGUCCUACAAGACCCGGAUGUGUGGGGUGACCCAGACAACUUCCGGCCUGACCGUUUCCUUUGACGACAGUGGCAAGAUUAUAAAGAAAGAUGAGUUCAUUCCC